GUGAAAUCGUUCAAAAAUUUGUUCCAAUUUUGCCUUUUUUCUCGUGAGCUUGAAGCUUAUAUUAGACUCUAAGCGAAAAAUUAACGUAUUAUUUUCCAAGAUGGCUGGCACAAAAGACGACGUUCAAGGCGUUGCAGAACUGUUGGCAAAAACGAAAGUUGAGCAAGUGAACGUCGUUAGUUUCAAAGGAAAAAGUUUUAAGUUAGACUCCGAAGAUGACGGUAAGAAAUAAGCUUAAGCCUUUCGUAUCCUAAAGGUGCGAAGAAAAUCAGUCUUAAUAACCUUCUGUAAAAGAAGUUGUCGCCAGGGGUUUUUAUCAUUCCUUAAGUCUAUUUUGUAAUUGGCUGUAGUUGACAUGGGACGGAUAUCAAUUAAGCGGUAUUAAUAGUUUGGAUCCAAUACAUACAUGUGCUUAUCUGCUUGGUUCAGUAUUGUCUAUUUAUCAUAAGUAUUCAUGUGAUAUUUGGUGCAAACCAUGGUCAAUUUGCUUACAUGUUUUGCUAGUUUGGUUAACUCGCUUACCACAUGACUCGAGUUAAUAAACCCUUCCACAGCGAAAAUACAUCAACACUAGUAGAAAGAGUACCUGGUGGUAGGGGGAUGGAGGGGGGGGAAGAAGGAGUUUUUACACCACACCACACUACUGUCUGAAAGGAUUUGUUACUUUCCAGAGCCAUACUUGUAGCUUUGUGGUUUUUCAGCUAAUCACCCUUGAACCUGGCAAAUGUUAAUACUGUUAGUAUGGUGUUCUUUCCAGCAUUGAUGGUUAAUUUAGCUAACUGCUUAGUAAUAAUAAAAUAACAAUAAUAAUAAAUCAUGUUGUUGACUAUUGACGGCAGUGCUCAGUCAAUAUUAACAGCCAGGAAAAAACAGCAUACAGAUUCAGGCUAAAAGCUGUGAUUUUAUUGUGAACCCUGUACACUAUUCCUCACCUUGGUAAGCUUGAGAAAAAAAAAUCCAUAACUCUUCAUUUCACAUCAAAAUUGUCUCUGUUAGUGUUUUACCAUUGUUGUUGUGCUUGUCUUCGUUGCUGGGGUAGUUUCAAUUCAUAUUAUUUCUUCUGUGUUAUUUGCCAACAUUUCUUGAAUGUCUUAUAUUGUUCUUUCAAGGCUUGCCUGGACAUACCCUAAAAUAGCCAUUGACAAUAGGUACAAUGUAAGUUGGACAUAGCUGAUUCAUAAUAAUUUUUGAUACAUAGUUUUGUUUAAUUUACAGCUGUAGAGGUUGUAAAUGCAAUCAAGGCCAGUAAAGAUGUUCAGGCAUUAUGUUUGGAGGGUAACACCAUAGGUGUGGAUGCUGCUAAGGCCAUUGGAGAAGCACUUUCAACAAGAAAAGAAUUGGAGGUGAGCUGCAUUUUGCUUUGUGAUUGAUUUUGAUAGAGGAAUGACUUGCUAGUACCCUUGCCUACUGAGCAAAUGUCUAAGACUACCAGCUUGGCCUUUUUUCUACGAUCAGGGACAAAAGUUGACCCUCUUGUUUAAAAUGGGUGCUUUUCUCAAACAUUUAGUUCAUUUAUUAUGUCAUUCCUUUUAAUUAAACGCUGUAAAUCCCCUCACCCCCAAAUCAAUGUUGUCUGAAGUACUAGGAAGACUUGAGGGCCCAAAAUACAACAUUGAUUUUGGGGGAAGGGGAUAGAUAUGUCCACUUUGCAAAAAGGGGUCAUUUCACGGAAGUGUCUCAACACUUUUGUCCCUCAUUGUAGCUCUGCUAGAAAACAGUGAUCUAAGAAACCUUAAAAUAGAACUGAAUGUGACACUGCAUCUGAUUUAUUUUUCAGAGAGCACUGUGGAGUGAUAUCUUUACUGGAAGGUUAAGAUCUGAAAUUCCGCUGGCAUUGGUAUGUAUAAACCAUAGAUACAUGUAAUAUGCCAGAAAACCCUGUCUCUCCCAAGAAUGCUUCAAAUCAAAGUUCAAGAAAAUUUUAAAACUCAUUUUCUGAAGUUAUAUAUUAAUAUCCACUGAAAUACAGUGCUAGAGUGUGUGUUUACAAACUCACUGUCACCUUUUAAGAUCCUUUGGAAAACACAAAAUUGUUGAGAAAAUGUUUCAAACUAUUUUUCAUGACUUUUAUUCGUUAAAAUACUGAAAUACUGAAAUACUGAGUUUGUAUGAUAAUUUAGAAUAGUUGUGAACACCACUGACAGCAUUUUACUGUAUCUGCAGACUCAAAAGUUACAACUACUCUACAUUGUCGUUAUUUCUGUGUUCAAAACAAGUCUGCAUGGGGAUGGAAGGGUUUACCAGUUGUUCAUUUUUGAAGUAAUGUUAUGUACUUAUUGACUAAGUGGGAGGGCCGGACAGGAAAAUGUUUGGCCCAAGGUCAGUACGUGUGGACUAAGUGCAGUGAGGUCUUUGCGUCCUGACCGAGAGCCAAAUAUUUUCAAUUCCGGCUUGACCUAACUCAGUCAAAAAGUGUUUAAAUAUCUUUUAUUUAUCAUUGUGUUUGAAUUUUUCUGAUGGAACUAACCUGCAUCGAUCAGUAAGCUUUUCUAGCAGAGGUGUAAUUGUUUUUCCGGUCCUAUCGCUUGAAAGGUAAGGCCCUCAUACGGGCCUUUUUUCAUAUGGUUUUUCAACAAAAUUGGGCGCCGGGAUGUUCAGGUCAUAUGAUCAAAAUAAAUGUUCUUUUGAAUUUUCUUUGCUUUGUUUUUUAGGGACAUCUUAGUGAUGGUGUCAUAACAGCUGAUGCUCAACUUGUUGAACUAGACCUUAGUGACAAUGCAUUUGGUCCUGAUGGGGUGAAAGCAUGUGUAAAGCUGCUAACAAGCAAAGCCUGUUACUCAUUAAAAACACUUAAGUUAAAUAAUAAUGGCCUUGGUGUUGGUGGAGGCAAGGUUAGUGCCUGUUAGAAAAUAUUAAAAUUAGAAGUGGAAGUGAAACUGUCAGACUGAGUGUAGUGGAGGUUGUACUUGUCAGUACUUCAAAACAAUAUCGUUGAGGUGUUGGAAGUACAGUGGAACCUCGAUUUAAUGAAGGGCCGAGGGACUGUAAAAACUUGUUCUCUAUAACGAGGUUUUGUUUAUCUAGGUUUUUUUCCAUAUAUAAUUAUUUUCCUACUAGUAAUAACCAAAGGUUACAAAGUGUGGGCGACAAUGAUCAAGGGUCAAAACACUUUUUCUCCAGUGUGUUUUGCGCAAGUUUUAUGUGACAGAUGGUCGAAACAUGCAUGAUCAGAUUACGAGUGAUAGAAAGUCCAAAAGUGCGUGAUCAAAGUGCGUUGUUCAUUCCAUACAUUGUUAGUGGAAAUCCAAACGAAUGCUCAUGGCUACAUACAUGCGACGCAUGCAUAUUAACAACCUGGAUAUUAGGAUUGCGGGCUCCUCUUGUCGCCUGCCAUUACUGGGGUAAAUAAAGUCGUUUGUUGUAAUGAGGACUUUGUUAUGAAAGGUUUGUUAUACCGAGGUUCCACUGUAACAGAAUUUGUGAUGAAGCUUGAGAAAUGCCUAUUUAUUUCAUCUUCAAAUUGACUGGUCUGGCCAGUUAAUUCUGACUUUUGGUUAGCACCCUAGGAUAUCUAUACAGGUACAAUUUAAGUAAAAAUAAUGUUUAGCUUUUUAUUCCCCCUUACUGAUAUGACAACUAUUGAAUACCAUGGAAAAUAAAAUUAUGUUAUUUAUUUACCAGUAACACCUAUCCUUUGAAGCAGAAGAUUGAUUUACUAUUUAGUUUACUAUUUAAGAACAUGAAAAUGACACUUGUAAAAACCUGAAUUUUGUGUGAGAGAAUAUUUGGUCUUUUUUGUAGAUUCUCUCCAAGGCUCUGAUUGACUGCCACAAAACCAGCUCAGAAGCUGGUACCCCUCUGCAGCUUCAAGUGUUCAUAUCUGGUAGAAAUCGACUAGAAAAUCCUGGUGCCACAUCAUUAGCAGAGGCUUUUCAGGUAAUGCAUGGAACAGAUGUCAUGUACUAAGAGACAUUGCUGUGUAUAGUACAUGUAUCAUGUACUGCUAUCUUUUAAUCAAAUCAACACUACAUUGUAAAUUCAUAAACUUCAUGUUUCUGAUGAUCACAGAACUUUGCUAUGUUUUGUAUCACUUGUUUUGCUUUUCUUAAUUGCUUGAUUAAACUUGCUAAUUUGUUUGUUUGUUUGUUUGUUUUCAGACAAUAGGGAGUCUAGAAGAGGUUCAAAUGCCACAAAAUGGAAUCCUUCAUGAAGGAAUAGCAGCCUUAGCAGAAGCAUUUAAAUCCAAUCCCAAUCUCAAGGUCUGUAAACUGUCUAUUUAUUGACCAUCUUUCACUGUUUUUCAUGUUCCUGUAUGUACACCUUAUGAAGAUGAGAAGCAAUGGCCAAGUGGUUGACGACUUGAACUUUAGACCUGUUAAAGUCUGUGUUCAAGCCUCACCAUGGCAUUGUUUUUUUAGACAAGAAAGUUUGACUCCACUAGUCUAGGUGUGUCAAUGGGUAACAUAAGCAACAUACUGCUGUAGGUAACUGUACAAUGAUCUAGCAUCCGGAGUACAUGUAGCAAUACUCCUACACUGAAGAUGCUUUAUGCUACAAAAACCACAGUGACAUUAAGCUCCAACCAUGUAGGUCUCCUUAUCUCAUGUGUGGCUUAGUUUUUACUCUUACCUAUUCAUCUGUUCAGUUGGUGCAGUGGGCAAAUGGAAUUGCUGGGAUACAUGCAAGGUGCCCAGCUGAAUUCUACCAUAAUCAGAGUAAAACAGUCGAGAGUACUUUUUUAAACACCAAAAUUGCCUUGUAUAUUAUAUACAGUUUCACUUGGUCUUUUCAAUGGACAGUUUCCUGUUUAUUCGUAUUGUUCUAAAUUCCUGCAAUAGGGUCUAUGUUGCUUAAGACCAUUGUUCUUAAACUGUUAUCUUGCCUAAAAGAAAGCACUGAUUGCAAAUUGUCUGUUGCGUCUUUUAAUAGAUCUUGAAUUUAAAUGACAACACAUUUACUUCAAAGGGAGCAACAGCAAUGGCAAAGGUAAAGUUUAUACCUUUUCAUCAAAUAAUUAUUAUUUGCUAUUUUUAAUUAUACUUAUAAUUAUUAUUAAAGGGGGCAAUUUCAUUCUAUAGUGUAUACGCCACACCAUUUUUAAAGCUUUUGCAAAAAUUUAAGUCAACUUUGCAGAAAAGUAACAGCUUAAAUCUGCAUGUCCCAACACCCCCCACCCCCACCCCCCCCCCCCCCCCGGGCAGGGGUUGGAGACGGGUGACAUUUCAGACUGCUACCAAUGGGGUUAUAUUUUGAUGCUCUGAUCUUUGAGAUGCUGACGUAAAAAGUUCCUCGUGAUCUUACCACUUUCUAGAACUGACUCUGGAGUGGUGAUAGCUAUUUGUAUGUAUAUGGAAAGAAAUCAUGUUGAUUUGUAACAAGUGCUUGUUUUGUAGGUGCUACCAAGCCUUAAAAAUCUUGAGGUCAUUAACUUUGGAGACUGCCUAGUCAAAACAGAAGGCGCCAAAGCAUUGGCUAAGAGUUUACGAACUUCAGUGAAUAACUUGAAAGAGCUAAACUUGUCUUUUGAUGAGAUAAACAAAGAAGGAGCAUUGGCUAUUGUUGAGGCUUUGGAGAGUAAAGAUUCUUUGAAGAAACUGGAAUUAAAUGGUGGGUAUACGAAGCAGGUGGUUUGUUUAGCUGCGGCCAUAGUACAGAAUCUCCCCAUUGUCUGCCUUUAUGGAGAAAAUGUGUAUUUAUAAUUUACAGGAAGACAUAAUAGCGCCCCUGAUGUAGUCGUCUACGUUAGCGUUCUCUCUUAGCUCGCUUAGGAAAGUAGUGGUGGCCUGGGUAGAAAGUGCCUGCACUAGCACUUGUGUAGUAAAAGGAGGGUUAGAGUUUGUCCUGAUGUUUGUUUUGCUCUCUCUUCACCGGUUUCAGGCAACCAGAAAGCCAAAUUUGAAAUACAACUAUGUAGACAGAAACACUCUGUUCGAGCUGACAUUGAUUUUAUCACUUAACUGAAGAACAAUACACUACAUGUGUGAAGCUCAAAUAAUAUUACACUGGAGUUCAAAAUCCUUGUUCCCCCAAACACUCCCGUAAAUGGUGCAUACAUGUACCUUCUCUAUAUUGUAGACUAUUACUAGUUUCAGUGGGUGGCGAUCAGGCUAGAUACGUGUUUUUUCUCAGGCUAUCUUGGAUUUGUUGUUUUAAAAUUCUCGCUUUGUUGCUUGGUUAUUGUUGCAGCGUUUUCAAAAAGGUUCUGUUUUUGAUCGUUUUACAGUUGGCGUAAUGCUUAAGCGCGUAAAAAAAUAUGGUUUUCAAACGAAACGCACUGGUGUGUACCGGGUCUACGGUUAACCGCCUCUCAGAAAAUCAAAGUCAAGAGUUAUUCAUUAUUUGAUUUUAUUUUACAGGAAAUGCUAUUGGGGAAGAUGGAAUUGAAGAAGUUAAGGGCUGGCUCGAGUCAAAUGGUCGUCUUGAUGCUCUUGGUUCGCUUAGUGAUGACGAGGGAGAGGUUGACGAUGAUGAAGGUGAAGAAGGAGAUGAAGAACUGGGUGGCGGCGACAGCGAUGAUGGAGAAGCGGGUGAUGAACUGAAUCUUAGCGUGACAGGUGUCAGCCUUAAACCAGAGUCACCGCUGCUUGGUACUGAUGAAGAGAUAGAAAAAGAACUCAUCAAGGUAGGUCUGGAAUUUAAAGUAUCCAGCAAUCAUUGUUUAGGAAAUUGUUGUUUCGCUUUGUAGCGUUUUCUUACAUGCACUACAGCCAAAGUUAUGGAUGAUAAAAAACGACAGAGUGAGACCUUGAUAAAUGGGCGAGAGCCUCCUUAACAAGUUGAGCUUCCAAGUGAUCAACCGUGUUGCAAAGUGGAAAUAUCAAGCAGACAGCUCACACUUCUCUAAGUAUCCAGCCUAUUAGAAGCCUCGACUGAGACUAGAUUGUGAUUACGGAGACUAUGCUGGAUAAAUUUUCUGGUCACUUGAAUCUUUACCGUCCAUAUUUUGUUGCACAGGUUAGGUAACCAUCGUGCCAGCUGAGUGGCGUACCCCCAAUACCCCGAGGGCGCGAACUCAGAAAUGUCGAAAUUUCCAUAAAAUGUUUGAUUUUCUGCGUGUGACGUGGUGCCAUUUUUGACAAACCAGAAAAACAGUUCCUUCAAAAAUUGCACUCACAGUCUUUUUGUUUCUAGGAAGCUAAAUAACUGUUUUGUUGAGUGAAAGUUUGGCAACUCUCGCUGUAAAGUAACGCUUACAUUGAGCAUAUCAAGCGCUAAUUAGUUUUCUGUUACGUUUGUCACAGGGAAGUAAAUCGCCGAGAGAAGAUUCCAAUAAAGACUGAGAAAGACAACGCGAUAUACACUACACGUACAAGUGCAUCCAAUAUUGCGGUCUCCUUCAAUUCAGUUCCAUUUUGCAUAGACGAACUUUGUAUUAAUUUUACUUUCAGUUACUGAAAAAAUACAGGAUUAGGAUCAAAAAAUGGCAUCACGUCACUUAGAUCAGGAGUAGUUUAACUGUCAACAUCGUGGAUAGAAUAGUUAGGUUGUUUCCUUUUUCAAAUUUUAGCCUGUGUAUUUUUACGUAGUUGUUUCAUCGAAUAUUCUAAGCUUAGCUUUCAAAUUUUCUUAUUUUGAAAGUCUUCGACUAGUGGCGCUUAAGUUGACUCGGCUGAGAAGGUUGCUCUCUUUCCCGGGACAACUCUUUUGUAUAUUGUAAAUAGGGCCUUAGUGUUUCAAAAGUUGAUAGUUUUCUGAGAUUUCUGAGAAAAACAAAGCAAUCGCCCGGUGGAAUUCAAAAAAUUCGUAAGGCCCGGUUCAGACGCCGAACUUUUCAUAAGCCGAACCUAAUACUUUGGAUUACGUAAAUGCAAAGUUAGGCGUCUGAAUCAAUGACGAACACCUGUUUCAAUCUGGAACGGCUCAGCCGUUCUUCCCGCCUAGCCCGGCCUAGAAUUUUUUGGACGGAACCUAACACUUAUAUUUUUAUAACGUUUUUUGUAAGCAGGUUAACUCCAAAGUGAGCAUUUUUCCCCUUUUGAAUUUAGUUCGGCUGGAAUUACGAUCUGAAUCAACCCGGGCGAUCUAAAUAAUUUGAGUUGGCCUUAAUUCGAAUUACUCUAGGUUCGGCUCAUGAAAAGUUGGGCGUCUGAACCGGGCCUAAACGACACACAUAUUUUCUUACGUUUUCAUAUUUCUUGACUUUUCGUUUGCAAAUCAAUGAACUGAAACUAAAAACUUUCAUCUCAAAACGGUAUACGCUGUAACAUAAAUCGUGUAUAGCUGUACGAUAAAGGGGGGUGAAUUUAAUUUACCAUUUUAUUAUAUUGUAUUUAUUAUUGUGUUCAAAAGUGUAGUUAGACCCUAUGUAUUAUAUUCCGCACCAUUUCUGGCGAAAAUCGAAAUAAUUAUAAUUUAUUUAUUCUCACUCUGAAAGUAUACACCGUAUUGAACCAAUGAUUUUACACACGUUUUAAUGUAGAAAAAUAUCCAUUUUUAUUUUUAAAGCUGCGUAUUUACGUAGCGGGUGGUAUAUUAUAUUGACAUAUUAAAGAGUGUGUUAUACACUUUGUCUUGUAACCUGGUGUUAUGAAAUGUGGACGAGGAUUUGUAAUAUUAUGGAAUGAUCUUUCCAGAAAGCAGGACGAAAAAUACUCUUUCAUAGGUUUUCGUUUUUCUUUCUCUGUAAUAAAUCUGCCAUUAGCGCUCUGAGGGGCCAAAAUAUGGCUCGGUUUGCGGAUUCGCCAUGCAUAGGCAAGAGAAGGGUAGAGGGCAAAAUACUGCUUCCUGGCCAAAAUACGUAUCAAAGGUUAGACAAUCACAUUGUCAUUCUUAUCCUGUGAUGGCUCCACACAAAUUCCAAAUCAAAAUUUAGCUUUAUUUGAUUCUUGUCAUAGAUUCAAGAAACUCUCUGAUGAGGCUUUGGCUCUAUAGGUUUACCCCUUGACUCUGGCACUCCCCCUCUUCCAAUCCCCUCCCGGCGUCUCGGCUGAGGGGGUGUGGGCUCCCGACCUUACCCUCACCCCCAAUCUUCUCCCGGUGUCUGGGAGAAGGCACCCUUACCCCUCCCCCAAUCUCCUCUCGGGGUUUGGGAGAAGGGGGUGUGGGCUCCCGCCCUCACAUCUCUCCCCCAAUCCCCUAAUAUAAACUGGGACGUUUGGUGCUGUAGAUAGAGAAAAGGUAAUUUUUCUCCAUUUAGAUGAAUCUUCCUUCCUUUUACUAGAUUGACCUUUUCUUAACUUCAUUGCAUUUGCUAAUUGUUAAUGGUGUUUUUAAAUUGAUUUAUGUGUGUAGGUGACGAACACGGACGUGGUAAAAGAUUUCCUUUUGGGACCGACGUUAGAGAAGCUGAAGAAAAUACCAAUCAAACAAAGGUCUUUUCUGAUAGCCGAGAAUUUAAGGGUACGCAUCUAUUUUAAUUUAUGAGUUAUAUUUGCUAACUUGAAGUCUAGGCCACUUUCAAGAAGUUAAAGAGACGGCUUUUUCAAAACAUGUCGACAAAUCGUGGAGUGUCGUCGGAGCAGUUUUCGCGUAAAAAAACGUAAAGCACAAACUGAACUAUUGAAUCUGGACAAUGACUAAGAAUGGAGAAUCAAUAAUCACGUCAGUGAGUCAAAUAUUUUACGUUUUCCGAGACUGAAUAGCUAAUGAGGUCCGAGUGAGGGCUUUCUUUUCUUCGCUAGUUACAAAGCGUGCACGCAAAUUGAUUUAACUGAAAUUAAAAAAUGCAAAAAUCUGCAAGAUUUUGGAUGCGACUCCUUCGAACAGAUUGGCUUACGAACUCGCUAUCUUUGAGCGCAUGGGCAGCAAACAUCCAAAAAAGCCGGGUUUUUUGUUGCCACUAAAUUUUUUAGGGAGAUCAUCAGAAAUUGUCCUAAUAUUUGCAGCCGAAUGCUAUUCGGAACUGCCGAUAAAAAACGAGAAACAAGAAGACAAGGAAGCUGCAUUUUUAUGUUGAAACAAUUGUCUUUUUUUGGUUGUAUUUUAACAGGAUCAUUUACAUGAUGCAAAUGAAGUAGCAAGAUUUUUUGUGUCGGUGAGUUUUGUAAACACGGUAUUGUUUUAUCUCAUCUAAUACACUUAACCUGAGCUCAGUGUGCAUUUUCCAGGUUUGUGUUAUCCUCAAAGAUGACGAAACAUCCCUUUUGGAGUGUUCAGGUAAGAUCGAUUGGUUUCUUUUUACGAUAGAAUGGAAUUUUAAUAUCAGUCAAUUGUCCUUUUUAAAAUGAUUUCACCCGGCAAAGUUGGGAAAGACAAUCCACCCACUGACCAAGUUCUCUUUGUCCACUGAGAGGCCACCGAGCUUUCCCAAGUAAGAAAAGUUAUCAUGCGAAAAAAUGAAAAUAAAAAUAUAAACCUAAAAUGAUUAAAACAGUGAAAGGUUUUUAAUACCAUCAACUGACGUGGCACAACUCACUUUGACGUCUUUGACUCUGAAGAUGACCACUGCUCAGGUGGUCGAAACGUCAGUUCAGUCACUGUCAACAACAGUCCUAUAGUAUUCAGGACAACGUUCACUCGGACGAUUAUACUCAACCUAUUUAUAAGACAAUUACGGUGGAUAACAGAACUUUGUGCUAUUUUGUUAGUAAAAAAAAUCAAAACGGAUAUUAAAAAAUACCCAAUUUGCAGAAAAGCUUAAAUUUGCCUGUGUUUAAAAGAUACGAACAGUGUUCGAUUGCCCAACCUUCAAUCGCCUUUCUCUCGAUGGGACAGAUACAGCUGUUAGUGUAUGUCACUGAUUUAAGGAACAGGUUUCCGCUGAGUGAUUCUGUUGUUGUUUUAGAGCCAAUCCUGAAGACAGCCUUUGAAUCUGAUAUGUGUAAGGAAGAAGGUUUAGUCUCUGCUCUUCUGAUUCACAUGGGUCUUCUCAAGGUAAUAACACUGAUCAGCUUUAUGGACAGGACGUGUAGCUCUUGUCUCUCCGUUUUGGUUGGAUCGUCGCUCGCCGAAAAAGUCGACUUGUGGGAAUCAUGGGGGCAUCUGUGUUAGCGAGGCGAGGUUGGGGAAUAAAAUGUGGCGAGUUGAGGGUUGUACGCCUGAAAGUUUCUCCUUGCUUUUUGUCAAGAAAUAUAGCAGCUCGAUCAUCAAAAUAGACGGCGAUUGCCUCACCGUUGGAAUACCCGAUCAUAAAAAACAAAAAAAUUAUUAUUAUAACAAGUCCAAUCAAAACUGAAAAGCACUUAUUUUUCGUGCCUAAGAAUCUUUCCUGUUGACUAUGUCUGUCAACCGAAAAUUCGCACUGACUUGACCUUAAGGUUGUUGCUUAUAUGGUCUAUGCAAAUACGUAAUAGUUUUGUAGCUCAUUUCUACUACCAAGUGUGAUAUGUUGUCGUGUAAUUUAAUUGUUACCUGCUUCUUUGUUGUUUUUAGGGCGAGGAGAAGGUUGAAUCCGCCAAAGACAUAUCCGGUCCACUGACGGCUUUAGAACAUGCUGCUAAACAACCUUACUUUCCCACACAUUUAAAAUCCUUCUUCAUCGCUUUCAUUUCAAAGUAAGGAAAAUAUAUUUUUUCAAAUAGUUGUUGACAUGUUUAAAUAAUGCAUAAAAGCAAAGGUAACUGAACCAUGCUUUUCUAGGAAGCGUUCAAGGUUACCUAUGAUCCAGCUACCAAAUAGGUCAGCUAAUGCGAAGACACGCGACAUUUUAAAUUUUACUUCUUUUCGUUAUGACUGAACUUAAAAAUAAUUUACCUUUUUUGUCUUUAUCGAAACCUAGGUUUGUUUUUAACACUUGCUAUCUUCAAGAUUUAUCAGUCCCUGGUAUUUGAUUCUAGCUUGGAAUAUAGAUAGGAAGAACGAUAAAACCCAUCUUCUCUGUUGUUUUCAGGCCCAAUAAACUCUUGGAGUCCUGCUCAGAGGCUCGUCAUAGAUUUUUACAGACGCUCUAUCAGAUUUGAUCGUAGCGCGCCUGGUCCCAUUCACCGCUCAUCUGAAGCUGCUGCCUGUUGUUUAUCCAAGAACCUUGAGUGAAGAACAGAAGCCCAAGAUAUUUAGUGUAACUGCAUGAAAUGUAGUAGUCCAUGGCGUGUUGUUUGAUUACAGUAAAUUCUCUUUUAUUAAUGGACACAUCCCUAAAACGGAUUCACUAGAAUUGGUCCGUGCUAUUCAAUCGUUAGUCAUUUUAAUUCACUUGUAACCUGAGAUCAGGCUCUAUUUUCGUUUCGCUUUGAAAAUUACAUUCCGGCGGGCAAGGCGAAACGAAAAGAGAACCUGAUACAAACCUUUAACGAAAUGUCUGCCGCCCACUUUUUUGAUUGAUUGACAUUUGCCGAAUCAGCCAAUCAGAAUUACUUCCGUUGCUUGUUUUUCUAGUAUGCAAAUUUUUCACGCGAGGGAAAAAUGCAGACUGGCUGACUUAAAAAAUAGCUUUUAUCUGUUAAUUUUUUCAGCUAAAAAUAAAACAGUCAGCACAAUCACAUUUAACUGCUUGCGAGAUUAAGGGAGAUCUCGAAGGUUAUUUCUGUAGGCGUACAAGGUAAAAAGUUUUCGAAAAGACGGCGACACGAUGUUCUACUAGUUUUAUUAUUUUUGGUUAGGCGCUCUGGAAUUUAAAAUACUGAAAUCUCUAUUUUUCCGUUGUCUUAAUAUUUUCCACGGCAAUUUCCCCCCGAUGUUCAGUACAUAAAUCUUUAAAAACAAAAGAAAACAGCCAACGAGCGAGGACACCAUGCAGUUUUCUUGGUUUAUUUUUUACAACUGAAGCGAAGGCAAACAACCAGUCUGUAAACACUGAAAAUUCCUUGAGCAGCG